GAAAACCGGUAAUUGCCCUAGUAGGCGCUGGUCUUUUUUGCGCAUGCGUUUACUUAAAGGGAAAAUAAGCACAAUGAAUCCAACAUCUUUUGUAUUUCUAUUUUCCUAAAUGACUUCAUAUAAUCUACAUAUUAAAUUAGAACAUAUUUCUCGGUGAAUAAUUGAAUAUGCUUCAUUAGAUGACCGAAAACUAACACUGGUUUCGAGCUGUUCUUUUUGUUAGAUGGGCUUAUGUCUUCUAAUUCAUGGAAAUUAGAAAAGAGCUUGGCCGAGUUUAUUGGUCAACCCAAACGGAUGAAACAUACUCUCGUUUACUAUAGUGGAAGUUUGUUUCUAUAUGGAGGAAGAAAUAGCAGAGAUGAACCUCUUGGUGAUAUUCUUAGAUACGAUUUAAAAGAUCACAGCUGGCAAAGAGUUGUUUGUGUUGGUACGGCACCAUGCGCUCGAUUUGAACAUACCUGUGUUGUCUUCGAAAAAGACCUAGUUAUUUUUGGUGGAAAACACGAUAAUAGGCAAUUAAAUGACUUAUUUAAAUAUCAUAUUCCAAAAGCUCAAUGGAGUUGCGCUGAAACAACGAAAGAGGCUCCAGGACCCCGAUGCGCUCAUAAUGCAGCCGUUGUAGAUUGUUUUAUGUACAUUCUAGGUGGUUUUGGUCAUCACGUCCAAAGAGCAUAUGAUGUAGAUCAAAUAGAUAGCAAACAAGUUCGAUUGAAUGAUAUGUGGCGUUUAUCUUUGAAAGAUAGACCACACAAGUGGACGAGAGUACAUCAGAAAGGUUGCAAGCCUCCACCAAAUUGUAAUAGUAGUAUGGCAGUCAACGAAAGUCAUUUGUAUCUUCUACCUGGUGCUGCAGCAGAAAAUGCUUAUGAACUAUUCGGAUUUAAUGUUUUGGAUGAAUGUUGGACAAAGCUCAUGUACUCUAGUAUUUUUUCUCAUCUAGUCAUUGGUAAACGAGUCGGGCACUCUUUAACUGCCUCAGAUGAUAGUCAGUUAUUUUUAUUCGGAGGCGGAGAUGAUAACAAUUUGUAUCGAUUUGACAUAAAUGAUCCUCACUGGUCGGUGGUUUCGACAGAGGAUAACGCGACUAGGCCAGCAGAAGUAGCCUAUCACAGUUCAGCAAUGCAUAAAAAUACACUUUAUGUAUAUGGAGGUGUUGAAUCUCCGAACGACGUAGACUCACAAAGAUUAUCCGGAGGACUUUACUCCAUCACAAUUCCUGGGCCAAAAUCAACAUUUAUUACGGAUAUGAAGAAUUUAUGGGAAUCAAAAAAUUUCAUUGAUAUCACUUGUAAAGUUGGACCAAAAAAGAUACUGUUUGAAUGUCACAGCUCUAUACUAGUAGGAAGGUCUUCAGUAUUAAGCGAAAUGAUACUUAGCGCUAGAGAAAAGAAUCAAAAUUAUAUUGAAUUACCUGAUAUUGAACGUGCCGUAUUUGAUAAAAUUUUACAAUUUAUUUAUACUGAUACAGUAACUCCAGAAAAAGAAUUUGAAUUUGAUGAUUUAGAAUUAUUUAUGAAACUUUAUAUACAAGCGACGAGGUUCAAUUUAUCAAAAUUAAAAAGUUGCUCUCUGAAAUAUCUCAUAUCAAGUGUAAACGCAAAUAGAGUUGUUAGUCUUUUGACGUUCGCCGAUGAGAAUGAAAUUGAAUACCUUAGAGAUUCUUGUAUGAACUUUUUAAGAAGAAGUAACAAUUAUAAAGAGGUUAUUGUAAGGCCUCAAAUCGAGACAUUAUCGAAGAGUUUGCUACUGCAAGUAGCGAGACUACCUGCGGAAAGUAGUGACGAACAUGAUACCCCACCUAAACAUCCCGAACUUUUAACAGAGUUCUGUUCUAUUAAAGACGAUUUCUCAAAAUUAUUAGAAACUGGCCAAGGUUCAGAUGUCAAAGUGACUUUUAACAAUUACACAGUUAAAGCACACAAGGCUGUUCUUUGCGCUCGAGCAGAAUAUUUUACGGCAAACUUUAGAUCAUUUCCGUCGGAGGAAAUUAUGGUUACAUUCAAAGGAGAGAAUACACCGCCUGAUGUUCUAAUGCAACUUUUGAAAUUUUUAUACACUGAUGCUAUAGACGCUACGCCACAAGUUGCCGUGUAUCUUCUUGGAGCUGCUGAAUACUUCUGCUUGAAUAACAAAAGACUUGACACAUUGGCAUGGGGUAUAAUCGAACGAAAUUUAGAAGUGAAUUGCGUGUUUGAUGUUAUGUUAGCUGCACAUGAUGUUUUGGAUCAAGCGCUAAUUAAUAAAUGUGUUUUCAUUAUUGCCAAAAAUUAUCAUCAGAUUAAGGAAAGACGAAAUGUUUUUAUGCAAUUACCUAAAACUCUAUUAAUAAGCAUUAUGGAAUGCGUAAAUGAACAUACAACCAUAACAUGGAGAGAUUCAUGA